CCCUUGCAACACCAUGCGGCAACUAAUGAUCAGGACGUUCUUGGAUCUUGAAUGCAGGAACUUGUCCCGCAGGCGCUUCGGCUUGACGUGCAGCACCUCGCACAGCAGCUCGCGCACGAGCCGUUUGGCCCUGGCUCAUGUAGCUCCUUACACGAGCCGCUGGGUCGUGUUUUAGGCGGCCUAUCGAGCCUGAGGGAGCGCGAGCAGAAACGGCGGGAGACCUAUACGCGGAGCCUCGAGUACAUUCUGUGCGCCGAUGCCUGGCCGCUUCUCAACGAGUGGGUCGUGAGCAGCUUUGAGUGGCUGUAUGCAACACGGACGCCCGCGCGCGUGGCGGAGAACCUGUGGGCACUGCCCGCGGCAAGCAGCAGCAGCAGCAGCAGCAGCAGCAGCAGAAGCUGCGGAAGCAGCUCGCCUGCGGCGGCGGCGGCGGCGGCGGAGCACAACCCACCGGCGGUGCUCGCGGAGACCGAUCCGGCACUGGCGAACGCCGACCCGUCAGGCAGCAGCAGCAGCCUCGACCCCAUCCGCACUAGCAGCCCCAACCAGCAGCAGGGGCGGUUUGCGGCGGACGGCCGCACCACAGCCGCCGCCGCCACCGCCGCAGCCCCGGCGCCGGCCGGGCCGGCGGAGCAGAGCGACCCGCCGGGGGACCCCACACCCGGCACCGCUGCGAUUGCGCCGCAGCCGGCAGCAGCAGCAGUCGCAGCUCCCACCGCACCCAACACAGCAACUACUCCGACAACGCAAUCCGCACCCACCGCACCUGCCGCAGCAGCCACAGCGGCAGUGGCGCCGUCAACGGCGUCGCCAGCAGGCCUGGUGGGCCCGGCAGGCAAAGUCCUUGACGGCGGCGGGCCCGCCGCUGCCACCGCCAGCACCAACACCGCCACUGCCGCCGCCAGCAGCAGCGCCGAUGCCGCGCACCUGCAGACCCACCUGCGUGCCAUGCAGCUGAUGUUCGAGUGCCUCAGCCUGCUGGCUGAGGUGCCGGGCGCCGCCGCCCAGACCGGCUCCGAGGACCUGAUGCUGCAGAUGCUGUUCGCGCCGCACGGCCGCCGCCAGCUGCCGCGCACCGCACACAUCACGGCGGGCGCUCUGCAGGCGCUGCUGCAAGGCGGCGGCAGUAGCAGUAGCAAUAGCAAUAGCAAUUGCAGCAGCAGUAGCACUACUGGCGGUCGAAGCAGGCUGCUGGCUGCGAGCGCCAGGCUCGCAGCGCAGGCCGCCGACGUGGUGGCGGCGGCGGUGUGUAGUGCUGCUGCUGCUGCUGCUGGUGCUGCUGCUGCACCGCCGGCAGCAGCCACCGCCGUCGGCACCGCAACCUCGGAUGCUGGCACAGCCCCAGCGGACGCCGCCGCCGCCACCUCCUCCACCUUCUGCUCAGCCUUUAACGCCAGCAACAAGAAUGGCGAUGCUGGUGAUGCUGGUGCUGCUGGUGAUGCUGGCGGCUACCUGGGCUCGCCCGCACACCCGCUGGCGGAGGCUCUGACCCUGGUGCCGCUCUGCAUGGGCAACGCAGCCAGGAUGCUCAAGGAGCUCAUGCCAAUGUGGCCCUACCACCUGCCGCCUGAAGACAGUUACGCUGCUGGUGUUGCGGCUGCUCGUGCGGCUGCAGGUGUUGCUGGAAAGGCGACUGGUAGGCCGGCGGCGGCGGCGGUGCCGGAGGGAAGUGGUGGCCGGAGCGGCCGCGGAGGUCGUGGCGGCCGCGGCGGCGGCGGCGGCGGCGGUGGUGGUACUGGAUGUGGCAGUAGCAGCACCAGCGGCGGCAGUAGCAGUACCACCACCAGCGGCAAGGGGCACCCCUUCGCCCUCACAGACGUGCUGCUGGCGGAGGCGGGCGCCACCGGCUGCUUCGACCAGGUGGCGCGGCUGGUGCUGCACGGCGCGGCGGCGGAGGGGCGCGCGCGACUGCUGCGGCAGCAGCAGCAGCAGCAGCAGCAGCAGCGGAUGGCGGCUGGCAGUAGCAGUGGCAGAAGCAGUGGAGUUGGCGGCGGCAGUAGCACUGCGGCGACAGCCGCGGUCGCUGCUACUGCCACCACCAGCGGAUUGGCUGACGUGUCAACGACUCGGCAGGAGCCGGCACCGUUUCCGCCGCCAACCUCCGCUCCUGGUGCCGCAACUCAGCCGAAUGACGGCAGCUGCAGCAGCUUCGGCUCUCGCUUCGUGGAGUGCCUCAGCUCCGCGCUAGGCACGUGCGCAUGGCAAGUGAGAGAUACAACGUUUAUCUACGCGAACAUAAAAGGCGGCGGCGCCAGCAGUCGUGGCGUGAUUGACAUAUUUGUCGGCGGCGCGGGCGGGGGCAGCAGCAGUAGCGGCAGUAGCAGCUGGACUGCUGCGGGCCCACAGCCGCACCAAGUGCUACUGCCGCCUAUGCCCUGGGGCACCUGUCUGCAGAUGCAGGUGCUGUCGCAGGUGGUGGCGACGCUGGCGGCGGCGGGCUUUGGCGGCGGCGAGCGGGGCGUGUGGGGGCUGCCGGCGGAGCUGGCGGCGGGGCUGCCAAUUCUGAUGCGACCAGCCUCAGCUUCAAUGUCACCAGAGUUGCAGCAGUACGCGGCGGAGCUACUUUCCCUGUUUCAGCCCAAUGGCGCCACAGGCCGUUUCAGCGGCAACAGCAACGGCGGAGCUAGCAGUGCGGAGGGUGAGCUGCCGCAGCCGCAUCACCUGGACCCACAGCCAUUCAAGGCGUUGCGCCACGAUCUGGAUGAUCAGUGCCGACGGGCGCCGACUACGGCUGCUGCUGCGGCCAUAUUGGCUUCUAGGGCAACUGCUGCUGAGGAGGAUGAGGAUGAUGAUGAUGAUGAUGAUAUUGCGAUCGCUGCCGGGAGUGGUGCCGGCAGCAGCACUCAGGCGAUGGCUGGCUGUAGCAGCAGCUGGUGCUUCCCUGUCAGCCCGCAUGCCGCCGCUGAGGUAAUGCUCGGCGUGGCGCAGCUGGCGGCGGCCUCCCUGUUGAUGGGGUCCGGCCCAGCCGCCGCAAGUGGCGGCGGCAGUAGCAGCAGCGGCAGUGGAGGCAGCAGUAGCGGCAGUAGCGGCAGCAGUGGUGGCACUAGCAUCGGCCAACCGACUGGCGCCAGCCCGCUGCGGUUGCGGUUUGGGCGGGGUGACGCGUGGGAGCUGGGCACGGAUGCGCUGAACACUGCAAAGUGGCUACUGCUGCUGCAGGAGCCGCCGCCGACCUGCAGUAGCAGCGGCAGUGGUGACUGCAGCGAUCUGAUGCCUCCGCUGCCCCGUCGGUGGUGGCGGGCGGCCGGGGCGUUGCUGCGUCGGUGCACCACGGCAGUGCCGGCUGACGGUGGCGGCACGGGCGCCGGCCGCGGCGGCCUGUUGCGUGCUGACACCUGGGCGCGAGGCGUGCUGGACAUGGCCGGUACCAUGCCGGGCUCGGCGCUGCCGCUGCCGCUCCGGCCGCCGCGCGCGCUGGCGGCGGCGCUGGCGGGCGGCAUGCUGCCGGCGGUGGAGGCGGCGGUGCGCGCCGCGCCCGACACCCACACCGGUGUGGCCAUCGACCUGGCCAACGCCUUCAUGCGGACACUGACCGACAGCGCGCUGACCCCUGGUGAGUCCUGGCCGCUGUUCCAGCAGCUGCUGGCGUUUGCGCCGCCGGCCCGGACGGCGGCGUUCAUCACCAGCAUCGGCAAGCGCAUGCAGCUAGCACACGACAUCAUGGAGGCGCACGGCGGCAGUAGCAGCAGCGGCGGCAUCAGCGGCAGUAGCGCGGACCGGGACGGCGCGGCCGCCGGCUUGAGAACCAGCCCUAUGGAGCUUCACCUCCUGCACACCUGUGCCGUGGCGAUUGCCGCGCUGCCGGUGGGCGGCGGGCCGCUGGUCUUCAGCAGCGGCCGUGCCGCCGCCGGUAUUGCCAGCAGCGCCAGCGACGGCGGCCCGCCGCCGCGGCCGCCGCAGCCGCUGUCGCUGCUGCACCUGCGCGUACGGCUGCUGCACUCGCACGCCGUGCACCGCUGGCUGCCGGCGAUGUCGCGGGGGCUGCGGCUGCUCAGGUUGCAGGACACGACAGAUGAUGGUGUCAGCGCGGUCCAGCGGGUCAUCUCCCACGUGCUACAGCCGCUUCAGGCGCUCGUGGCCGCGGAAUCGAGGGCGGCGGCGGCGACGGCGAGCGGCAGGAGCAGCACCGGCAAAGGCAGGAGCAGCCCUGCUGGAAGCGGCAGUAGCACCAGCGGCGGCGGAGACGGCGGCCCUGCGGCGGCUAGGUCCACCACCGCCGCCUGUGUCUCCGCCGCUGCUACAGCCGUUGCUGCUACAGCUUCCGCCGUCAGCUGGCGGCAGUGGCUGUUGUACGACGUGGACGUAGUCGGCGUACUGGAAACAGGGCUGCGGCUGCUGGCGGCGCUGCCGCCGCACGACCUAAGCGCCGUGGGCGCCGCCACAUCGGUGACGCACCUCUUCAUGCACCUGCUUCUGGCGGCGCCCGACGCGCUAGGCGCGGUGCUGCGGCCGGCGCAGGCGCUGCCGCCGCCGUCUUCGCCCUGGCACCCCACCCAGCUGCGGCACGUGCUGACGAAGCACAUGAAAUUCUCCCGGUUCGCCGCCUCUGUGGAUGGUGGGCUCUAUGACCCCCUGUGGAAGCUAGUCGAGGACCUGUGCGCGCAUGCGGAGCGGCUCAAGCGGCAGCGGGCAGAGCCCGCGGCGGCGGCGGCGGCGCUGCGCGCUGAAACGCUGGGCGGCCCGGCGGCGCGUGCCGCCUUUUCCAGCUUGGUGGCGGCGGCGGCGGAGGCAAUGGGGUUGGUGGCCGAGGCGGAGGCGGGAGUGCUGGAGGUGAUCUGUCCGCUUGAGGCGAGUCAGGAAGCGGCGGCGUUGCUGGGAGCAGCAGUUGCGGCGGGUGCGGUGGGUAGCGGCGAGUGCCAGGUGGCGGCGGCGGCAGUGGCAGCGGUGGCGGCAGCGGUGGCGGCAGCGCCAGGCACACAGCAGCCUCUGCGCUGCUGCGCCAACCCGCGCUGUGUGAACCUGGGAGGAGAGAGCGAGGCGGAGCUGCCGCUGCAGGCCUGUGCCCGCUGUGGGCUUGUGCGGUACUGCGGCCGCGCCUGCCAGACGGCGCACUGGCGCGCGGGGCACAAGGAGGCGUGCCCAGUGCUGAAGGAUUCCGGGAGCCGCUAAUGCGCGGAUGUUUAGGGCUGCCUUCUACGAGUUUGCGGGGGCGUGCCGGGGACUAGCAGUUGAACCUCAUACCGUACAUGCCGCCAAAGAGAGGAAAGUAAGGGAGGCUGAAGGCUCGAAUUGCGUGCCGCCUGGGCGUGUCUGACACGUGGCCUGGACAGUUGUUUCGAGGAUGCUAUGCGGCUUAAGUUCGCGGCGUGACAUGGGACCAGGUUGCUGCACCGACUGAAGUCAAUGGUCUC